AUGGAAGGCACGCAUACUAUCCUUCAAUUGCACAAACCCAUUAUGGAGCUUUGUUACAUCAGCUUCUAUCUUCCAGAGGGCAAAGUCAGAGGAUUUACUUACAAGGGCUGUUUAACACUGGAUAGAACCAGUAAACAUUUCUGUAGCUGCUAUCAGGUAAGGGAGAAGUUACAGAUGGAGCUGAGAGAACAGCCAUAUGAAAACUUUGGAGAUAUUAUUUUCAAGCAAACUACCACAAAAGACAUUCUUAUUGAACUGUACAAACUAACUGCUGAAAAGGAAAAACUGUUAUCCAGUCUUUUGAGAUCACAUCAUAUUCUGGACCUUAACAAAGGACAUCAAGAGAGAAUGAGACAGGAUGUUUCUGGAGUCCCAAAACUUAAAAGUGAUGAUUACUUCAGUUUUACACAUCAGCAGAAGUUCUUUCUGAAUUCCGCAAAUAGAGACAAUUUGAAUCACAAAAAAUUAAAGAAAUAUAGAAGGAAAGAGAGCUUUGAGGAGUUCAGGCACUGGAAAGGGGGGAAAAAGAUACAUGAACAACAUUUUCCUUUACUGAGCGCACAAAACAUGCAACUAGAAAAUAAGAGAAUGCUCCCAACAAGAUUUCCUACCAAGAGUUUUCCCAGUUCCUUUUCUGCCUCCAGUUGGCUAGCAGUAAAAGGUAAGGAUGAUUUACCAGUAGAAAACAGUCUACAACCAGAAAGGUGGAUAAAAGAGGGGUGUUUUCUUGAAAGCAACAAAGCUGUGAAACUGGAUGCUGACUUACCAAGUUCUAGCUCAAAAGACAACGACACAGUCACAGUUAAACUAGUGGAUAAUGCAGAAUGCAUCCCUGAAAUUAUGAAAGUGCAACAGAGUAUGUCUUUGGUAAAGUCAUCCCAGGACAGUCUACCUAACAAACUCGAGACAUUAAGUAAAUCUGCAGCUGCUAAAAGCUUGAAAAGUAGCAAGUAUACUGAGCCAGUAUGCAGGGAGAAACCAGGAAACACAGUUGUUGCUAAAGUACAGGAUUCAGAAGCUUCUAUUAAAAAAGUUGAUGAACCCCCUUCAGAGUCUUUACCUGAUUUUCACAGAGAUAAAGAAACCGUUCCUCCUGUUCUCACAACAGUAAGUAAUGAGUUUAUAUCAAGAACUGACGUGUACUCUGUAGAUGAAGUUGCUGGAGACUCUAAAAAUGCUGUGCUGAAGGAAAAGGAGCAAGGCGGCUCUGGUUUGCAGUACAAAGCAGAGAGAGUGCACAUUACUGAUGAGUCAUGCAACCUUGUGGGAGCAGUCAAUAAAGCUCUUCUGAAAGUUAUUCGGAGCGACAGUUUAGAUGAAGCUGCAGAGUGGAAGAGACUGCAACAAAUUACAAGAGUAGACAGAAAACUGCCAGGUUCAAUAUAUGAGAAAAGAACCACGGUAUCCCGGGGAAGCAACAAGCAUUUAGUUUUGAACCUGCCUGUAAAUGAAAGUCCUGAUCUUUCUCAGACAAGUAAUAAUCUUAAACUGGAAGAGAAAAAGCUGCAUUCACCCUCGUUAGUAUCAGUGAGUAAUGUUUUUAGUAAUUCAUAUCUGCUAUCUAAUACACACAAACAAAUGUCACCUAUUCCUUCUCCGUUAUCUUCGAGACUGCCUAGCCCACAGCUGCAUCAUCGGAUUCUGCCAUUACCAGCACAGAGCACCGAGGACGAAUCUAUGUUCCCUGAUUAUGGCCAUGGGAGACAUGGGGCUAUAAACCUCUCUCUUGGUGAUUUGGAGCCACAGUUUUACCUGAAGUUUUCUGAACCUGGAGAAUCGGGAUUUGCCACCAGACGAGGCCUACAUCAGCAUGCAACUGCAGGGCAUUUUGAAAAGCGUGCCAUACAAGAAAAAUUAACUACUCAGACACAGCAGAAUUUCUGUCCAGCUUCAAGGGCACUCACCCGAGUUCACUCUAGCCGGCCAGGAGCUGGGGACUCUGUACAGACUCUGGGCGGUGGCAUUGGAAGCUGCGGAUUUGUUACUUCAGGUUUCCAUUUUUCAUUUUUGGGUGAUUAUGGAUUUACAAAAGAAGAUCUUUAUCGAAGUGGAAGACUGUGCAAAAGAAUUCAUCAGGAUUUUUCUGCUGACAACCACUCGCAGCUUGUGUACUGGAAUAAGGAAGUAGCAAACUCCAAAUGUGCCCAGUUCUGA